UUAUAUCAUAUUAAUAAGCAAAAAAGUGAUAUAUAAUUGAAAGACAGUUGAAUUGAAUUGUAAGUCCAAAAUACAGUAGCAUGGGUUUGCAAGCAAAUAUGAAUGUUCCACACUUUGUAUUAUUUCCGUUAAUAGCUCAAGGCCAUAUUAUCCCAAUGAUGGACAUUGCAAAACUGUUAGCACAACGUGGUGUUAUUGUUACCAUGUUCACAACACCAAAAAAUGCAUCACGUUUUACUUCAGUUAUUUCACGUGCUGUUUCUUCAGGCCUUCAAAUCAAAAUAGUAACACUAAAUUUUCCAUCAAAACAAGCAGGAUUACCAGAAGGGUGUGAGAGUUUCGAUAUGGUGAAUUCAAGAGACAUGAUAUGCAAUCUCUUUCGUGCAAUCACACUGCUCCAAAAACAAGCAGAGGAACUGUUUGAUAAUUUGACACCUAAACCAAAUUGCAUUAUCUCUGAUUUUUGCAUUCCUUGGACUUCUCAAAUUGCUCAAAAACAUCAAAUUCCUAGAAUUUCAUUCCAUGGUUUUUCUGCCUUCUGUCUCCAUUGUUUGCUCAAGAUACACACUUCAAAAAUUCUUGAAAGCAUAAAUUCAGAAUCUGAGUAUUUCACCGUGCCCUGCAUACCUGACAAAAUUCAAGUCAACAAACAACAGAUACCUGAUAUAUUAACAGAUGAACUUAAAGAUUUUGGAGAACAAAUGCAAGAUGCCGAAAUAAAAUCAUAUGGUGUAAUCAUAAACACUUUUGAGGAAUUGGAAAAAUCAUACGUUGAGGAUUACAAGAAGGAAAGAAAUGGUAAAGUGUGGUGUGUUGGACCAGUUUCACUUUGCAACAAAGAUGGUACUUUGGAUAAGGCUCAAAGAGGUAACGUGGCUACAAUAAGUGAAAAUAAUUGCUUAAAGUGGCUAGAUUUGCACCACCCAAAGAGUGUGAUCUAUGUUUGUCUUGGAAGCUUGUGCAAUUUAAUUCCUUCACAACUUAUAGAGUUGGCUUUAGCAUUGGAAGCAACAAAAAAGCCAUUUAUUUGGGUUAUUAGGGAAGGAAUACAUAAAAUUGAAGAAUUAGAAAAAUGGAUCAUUGAAGAAGGGUUUGAGGAAAGGAAUAAAGGGAGAGGACUUAUAAUUAGAGGUUGGGCCCCACAAGUUGUAAUAUUGUCACACCCUUCAAUUGGUGGAUUUUUAACACAUUGUGGUUGGAACUCAACACUUGAAGGGAUAAGUGCUGGUGUUCCAAUGGUGACUUGGCCAUUAUUUGCUGACCAAUUUUUGAAUGGGAAACUUGUUACUCAAGUUUUGAGGGUUGGUGUGAGCCUUGGUGUUGAGGUUCCAAUGAAAUGGGGAGAAGAAGAGAAGACAGGUGUGUAUGUGAAGAAGGAAACUAUUAAAGAGGCAAUAUGCAUGGUGGUUGAUGAGGGAGAAGAAGAAAGUAAAAAGAGAAGAGAAAGAGUUAAAAAACUAAGUGAGAUGGCAAAGAAAGCUGUUGAAAAAGAUGGAUCCUCUCAUCUUAAUAUCACUUUGCUUAUUCAAGAUAUCAUGCAACAACAAUCAAGCACCAAAGUUGAAACAUGAAGAAAUGCAAAUUAGUUUUAACAUGUAUUUGAAAAUAAACAUUGAAAAUUGUAUAAUCAUAAGUUGCUCUAUUUUUAUGUUUUACUAUGAAAUUGUAAAUCAAUAAAUUAAGCUCGAUUUAAUUUCCAAGCAAUAUCAAAUACACAUAUAUAAAAUUGGUUA